AUGGGUCAAUUUCUUGAGCUUCCUGCAGAGAUACGGCAGGAGAUCUUGCUCUCCGCCCUGCCGGAAAAGAUCACGGUUUCGCCCGCCGAAGUGCACCCGAUGACAAGAUUGUUGCUUAUCUGCAAGGUCGUAAAACAAGACGUAGAAGAAAUUGCGAAGAAGUUUAGCCCCGAGUACCUUGUCGUGGAACCGAGUCAUCUCUGCUGUUUGAAAUCACGACGUCCGGCGAUGAGUCCGAUCGAGUGCGUCACAUUGGAAAUCUUCUCAGCGGCCACAUUGGAGGCCAUGACGGGGGCAACCAGCUCAUCUGUUUCGAGUUCAGAAAUUGGAGAUCUGCUGUAUCAGUGGAACUUUGCACUUGGAGCAGCGCGCAGCGCUUUCCCAAAGUCGGGCCUCAAACAAAUCACUGUUGACCUCACGCCCAUUCCUCAUUCCUGUCGAGACGAGAGCGAUUAUUCGAUCACUAUGGCGGUGAGCCAUCCAGCUGUUGCAAAUAGAAUGUUCAGCAUGUGCGAGUCUCAGAUUUCUAAUCUGAUUAUCUUCAUUUGCACGUAUCUUAAGAUCACGGCUCAGCGACAGCGACCGAAGCUCCUCGUGACUGGAAAGUUGUCCCUGCAGACGCUUUUCCGAAUUCCAACCCUUCUUCAGGACAUAGCCCGGAUCAGGGAAGAAGGAAUUGAAAUUAGAUUUGAUCCGGAAUGGAUGGAUGAAUCCAAAGUAUGAGAGAAUGCUCGAACGUUGCAUUCGUGUCUUAGCGU